AUGAUCUCACCGAUCCUUCAAACCGACUUGCAUCUUGGGUUGGUGAUGGGGAUUGCUCGCGGAUGGCAUGGAAUCGUUUGUCACAAUAUUACCGGCCAUGUCAUUGAGCUCAAUCCGAGAAGUUUUUCUUUCCAAGAAUAUUAUGAUGCCUUCCACGAUCGUGACUACGGGAGACACCUCCUUAGCGGUAAGAUCAAUCCUUCUUUGCUCAACUUGAAACGUUUGGUGCGCUUGGACUUGAGCAACAAUGAUUUUGGAGGAACUCAUAUUCCCAAAUUCCUUGGUUCUCCGGGGAGUUUGAAAUACCUUAACCUAUCUCGUGCUCGGAUUUGGAGAGCCUUUGAUUGGUUAGAGUUGAUAAAUAAUGCACUCCCUUCUUUGGUACGAUUACAUUUGUCAUAUGUCAACUUCCUCCGAUUCCUCCACUUGUCAAUGUCAACUUUUCGGAACUUGAUCCGUCUUGGAAUCGAUUCAAUUCUUCGAUACCCAACUCGGUUGUAUGGUUUUAGUCGUCUUGAGCUUCUCAACCUUGGAUUCAAUAACUUGCAAGGUGAAGUUUCAAGUGCCAUUGAAAACAUGACCUCUCUUAUCGGUCUUCACUUGUCGAGCAAUGAUGAACUCGAAUUCAAUCGAGGAAUCCUCGCAUCAUUCAAAAACCUUUGCAAUUUGAAGGUCUUAUCUUUUUCAUCCCUUAAACUGAAACAAGAUAUAGCCGAGGUCUUUGAAAUUCGUUAG